AUUCAGUUAACUUAGUGGAGCAAAGAAAUGCCUAAAAUGCUAACUAAAACUCUAUUAACAACAACGAAACGGAUCUGCUUUUGGAUUUAAAAGUAAUACAAACAUAAGCGUCCAAUGGUAAUGGCCGUGAUACUGUUGCUCGCCCUGGCACUCGUACUCGGUUGCUAUUGCGCGAUCCAUAGGCAAAAGAUCAGUGCGAUUUAUCUGAAGCCGCUGCUGAAGAACACGCCCUUCGAGGACUGCUACCAUGCGACGCCCAUCGAGCAGCGGAAGCGGCGUAGCAUUUGGGAUAUACCUGGGCCGCAGCGUAUUCCCUUCCUGGGCACCAAGUGGAUAUUUCUCGUAUUCUUCCGGCGCUACAAAAUGACGAAGCUGCACGAGGUCUACGCAGAUCUGAACCGUCAGUAUGGCGAUAUUGUGCUCGAGGUGAUGCCCUCGAACGUGCCCAUCGUGCAUCUGUAUAAUCGCGAGGAUCUGGACAAGGUGCUCAAGUACCCGAGCAAAUAUCCCUUUCGUCCGCCCACCGAAAUCAUCGUGAUGUAUCGGCAGUCGCGGCCCGAUCGCUAUGCGAGCGUGGGCAUUGUGAACGAGCAGGGCCCGAUGUGGCAUCGGCUGCGCUCCUCCCUCACCUCCAGCAUCACUUCGCCGCGCAUCCUGCAGAACUUUCUGCCCGCUCUGAACGCCGUCUGUGAUGAUUUCGUGGAGCUGCUGCGCGCCAAGCGUGAUCCCCAGACUCAGAUCGUGGCCAACUUCGAGGAGCUGGCGAACCUGAUGGGCCUGGAGGCCGUCUGCACGCUAAUGCUGGGCAGGAGAAUGGGUUUCCUGAGCGUCAAUACCAAGCAGCCGGAGAAGAUCAGCCAACUAGCGGCGGCCGUCAAGCAGCUAUUCAUCUCCCAGCGCGACUCGUAUUAUGGCCUGGGCCUCUGGAAAUACUUUCCCACGAAGACCUAUCGGGAGUUCGCGCGCGCCGAAGACUUGAUCUAUGAUGUCAUCUCGGAGAUCAUCGACAACGAGCUGGAGGAGCACAAGAAAUCGGCGGCCUGCGAGGAUGAAGACGCUGCCGGCCUGCGCAGCGUAUUCCUUAAUAUACUCGAGCUGAAGGAGCUGGACAUUCGGGACAAGAAGUCGGCCAUAAUUGACUUUAUAGCCGCGGGCAUUGAAACGCUAGCCAACACCCUCCUUUUCGUGCUCAGUUCCGUGACUGGAGAGGAAUCGGCUAUACCGCGUAUAUACGAAGAGUUUCGUGAGUAUCGUGACACGAACAUUCUGCAGGACGCGCUGACGAAUGCCACAUACACGAAGGCCUGCAUUCAGGAAUCCUACAGACUGAGACCCACCGCCUUCUGCCUGGCACGCAUUCUCGAAGAGGACAUGGAGCUCUCCGGCUACUCCUUGAAUGCGGGCACGGUGGUGCUGUGCCAGAACAUGAUCGCCUGCCACAAGGACUCCAACUUCCAGGAGGCCAAGCAGUUCUGCCCCGAGCGCUGGAUUGACGCCAGCUCCGGCAACUUCACUGUGAACGUGGACAGUGCCAGCAUUGUGGUGCCCUUCGGUGUGGGUCGACGCACGUGUCCCGGCAAGCGAUUCGUCGAAAUGGAGGUGGUGCUGCUGCUGGCCAAGCUCGUGUUGGCCUUCGAUGUGAGCUUCGUGAAGCCGCUGGAAACGGAAUUCGAAUUCCUUCUGGCACCCAAAACGCCGCUGAGCCUGAGGCUGCGCGAUCGCGAGUUAUGAAACCCACUGAUCAGAGGCGUUUAUGUUGCAAGUAAACCCCGAAGGUAGGAACUGAUAUGGCGCUUGUAA